CAUCCACUUUGACUCUGGUAGAGACGCGUUAUACCAAGGAUCCUCAGAAAACGUUGUCUGCAAACUCGCCUACUGAGACGGACAUUGGCUCAUUGACGCAGAGGAGAUGGAGCGAGCAGAGCUCUCCACCUUCAGCUCUCGGCUUCGAAGCUCCUCCCCUGAACUAGUCACCUUAGCCACUAAGCUCAAAAGGAUCUAUCAUUGUCCAUCGCGCGAGGAGCGACGCCCUAUCAUCACUACCUGCGAGGAAGCUCACAAGCUCAUGGGUCACAUAGGCAUGGAGACAGUCAACCAUCUGGAGCAAAGCGUACAGGGAAUCAGAAUACAAGAGCAUGGGCAUAAGUACGACAGAGCUGUGACACUUAAAGACUGUUAAGUAUGCAUUAAAACUAAAAUUAAGAAGCAGAUUAGUUAACAACUGCCACAAUUAGCAUCUACCCGCCCAUUCCAUCGCAUAGGCAUAGACCUCAUCCAGCUCUGCCCCACUGGCCAGCGCUGCUACA